CUUAUGACACUAUUGACAGUUUUUAAAAUUACUUCACACUUCAACAUAGUAAAAAUCCAAAAGGAUUCAAAAUUUAUUUUAUUCAAUUGAUUAAAACCAAGAGUUCGUGAAAGCCAAUGCAUCAAUGGAACCUUUCCAAAAAGGUUUAACCAAAGGCAACUAUAGCUAUUUGAAACGCCAUCCAGAGCUUAGAGCGAUAAUAAGGGUCCUUCUUCAUGAGAUUAUCGAUAAGGAGCCGGAGAAUAUUUAUGAAUUUUCUGCAGCCCUAUUUAACUGCAAUAACAUUCCAUUUUUGGUUAAUAUGAUAAAGGAAAAACUUGAGUUAAUGAAGAAAAAAUUUAAGAAGGGCCAGUCGUCGCCAAACGACGAACAGGAUAUCUUCAUUGAGAGAAUGCCAGCACAUACAUUGGACUCAAGGGUUUUCAUAUCAGCCGAGAUCGAAUCUAUUUUGCGCUUUGCAAUGGCGCUGAUGGACGAAUAAUAACAAACAACUGAAACAUUGCAAAUUGAUUUCAUAAAUAAAAUCGUGACAUUACAACAAACCCUA